AGAUCCCCCACAACUCUUUCUCUCUCUCUCUCUCUCUCUCUCUCUGGCCACUAUCACCAUUCGGCAGCUUCCUGCCUGCUUUGCUUGCUGUUAUCUUGGGUUUCCUCCCGUUUCAUCUCUUCCGGGGCCGGCGGAGUUCUCAUCUGCGAGCCAAGCAGUUUCCGCCUGCGAAUACCGACGGAAAAGCUCGCCGCGGUUCACAAGUCAAGUGGGGGAAAGGAAGCACAGAGGGCGCUGGAGGAGAGAGGGAGCUGGAUGAAUAGAAUGGUUCUUCGCCGCCGCUUCCUAAGGUCGAUCUCCCGACGAAUCUGCGUUGAAUUGACGGGUUCCAGUCCAGGCCACGACGAUUUGUCUCUUUCAGCAGCGAGAUCACUUUGAGAAUUUCACCCCCAGCUCGGCGGCGGCCGUCGGUUUGGCUUUUUGUUUUGUUUUUUGGAUUAGCUGCGGUUUCGCGCGGCGAGCGUUCGAGUAUUCGAGAUCUCUCCUUUUGAAUUCCGGAAACCAUGGCUCCAGUUCCGCCGAGAAGGACAUCUGACUCUGAAGGUGCCGGCGGAUCUCCGGACAUUGAAUCCAUCGGUUCGGGCACGAGGAGAUCGAGUAUUUCCUCAUUUAGCAAGUCCCAUCGCCGGCAGCGGGAGUUUCUCGAUAGGUUAGUGGACUGUGAAACGCUGACUUCCCAUCUCGCCGACUGGUUUGAUUCAGUCUCCGGUUCCAAAAGUCCCGCCUUUGAUGUCCCUUUCGAGCUGAUAGACCUUCAGAAGUUCGACUACGCGUUGGAAGGGGUUUCGUUUCAGCAGCUGAUUCGGAUGCCCAGUGCUGUGUACGCAUCAUCAACAUCUGAUGCCGUGGAAGCCACUGCUUUCUUAGCGGUAGAAGAUUUUCUCCACGCCGGUGUGAAGGGCUUGUGGGAGGCAUUCUGGAGUCAGGAUGAAGAGGAUGCUCCCCUGCCAUUCUCGGUGGCUUGUCUCUACAGUGAGAAUCUGAAGUUCUACCAAGCUGAGAAGGCCAUAGCGAAUGGGAAGCUCCCUGGCCUCUGUGCGACUGGUAUAUUGGUAAACAAUCCAAGACACCCACAUGGUAAAUGGGAUCAAAUUCUCGAGCUGGCCCUUCUUCGGCCUGAUAUCGGGAAUGACCCACAGCCUUCACACGCCGUGCUAGGUGAGGCUCUCUUUUAUGCUUUACGCCUGCUGUUGUCCAGGAAGCUAGGGAAAUUUCAGUCUGCUGAAAGUGUGGACACUGUCUUUGUUCUUCUUGUUGAUUCUCAGAAUGGAGGGGUAGUGAAAGUUGAAGGUGAUGUAAAUAGAUUGGAGUUUGAUGUGAAUAACGUGUACGAGAGUUGUGCCGAUUGGAUUAAGAGUCAUUCUAGGAUUUCAGUCUCUCCCAUAGAUAGGAUAUGGAACAAGCUAGGAAAUGCCAAUUGGGGAGACAUUGGGGCUCUGCAGGUCCUUUUUGCAACCUUCCACUCUAUAAUGCAGUUUGCAGGGAUGCCAAAGCACUCGAUCGAAGAUCUAGCUGCUGAUCAUGGCUCUCGCCUCCAUGCAAGAAGAAUCGAGAGGCAGUUGGGGGAUAGGGAUACCGCCCGAGUUAAUGGAAAUGGAGCUUUUCGGUACCAGCAACGCAGUGUUGAACCAGAGAUUGUGGAAGUUCUGGAUGAGUCGAUUAACAACAUUGAGUCUGAAGAUCUGGCAAUGAAGUUGGAAAAUGGUUCGGUCCUGUGGUUGGAGGACCCAGACCAGCAGAAGGGUUAUCAAAUCGACGGUGUUCUGUUCAAUGGCGAACUGCAAUACUAUCUCGCCUCACCUGUAGAUGACCCUAGUAGAUCCUAUUUCCUCUACGUAGGUUCUCACCCUUCUCAGCUUGAACCUGCAUGGGAGGAUAUGAAGCUAUGGUAUCAGGUCCAAAGACAGACCAAAAUCUUGACCAUCAUGAGGCAGAAAGGCGUGUCUAGCAAGUAUCUGCCUGACCUGGCUGCUUCAGGCCGGAUUGCCCACCCAGGUCAGUGCCGGAAACCCAGCUCCGGUGGAAACUGCGAUCACCCAUGGUGCUCGACUCCGAUCCUUGUCACGAGCCCAGUCGGCGAGUCGGUAGCCGACAUGAUAAUGUCAGGAAGAUUCGGCCCAGAAGAAGCAAUCAGGUGUUGUCACGACUGCUUGUCUGCCCUUUCAACCGCAGCUUCAGUCGGUAUCAGACACGGAGACAUCAGGCCCGAGAACGUUAUAAGGUCCGGCAGCACGAGGCAGCAUCCAUAUUUCGUACUAAUCGGGUGGGGCCAUGCGAUACUCGAGGAAAGGGACCGUCCAGCAAUGAACCUGCAUUUCUCGUCGACAUAUGCUCUCCAAGAGGGGAAGUUGUGUUCUGCUUCCGACGCAGAAAGCCUCGUCUACAUGCUCUACUUCUCGUCCGGUGGGCCUCUGCCCGACUUGGACUCGGUCGAAGGUGCCUUGCAGUGGAGGGAGACGGCCUGGUCGAGGAGGUUGAUCCAGCAGAAGCUGGGCGAUGUAUCCACGGUGUUGAAAGCAUUCGCUGAUUAUGUUGACAGUCUCUGUGGGACUCCGUAUCCCAUUGACUAUGAUAUAUGGAUCAGACGGUUGAGAAGGAACUUUCGAGAUGAUGAUCACGGCAAGGAGAUCGAAGCUUCUUCGGGUUAGCGAGAACAACACUGCACACUGAACCCUUUUGAAUGAUUUUUGGCCUGCUGGCAGGCUGUGGGUUAGGUUGGUUUGUUUAUCUUUUGAUGAUCAAAGACAAGUUUUUGUUAUAGAAUACGUUAUCUGUGUAUGAGAAUGAGAGACUCCAUGCCUGAUGAGGUUUUCUUUUGUUUCCUUUUCUUGUAAAGAAAUGUGAGUAUUUUGUUGGAGGGUUUUUCCAGGUUGAUGAGUUGAAUCGAUUUCUUUUCCUUUGUGAA